AUGGCCGAUCCGGAAGCCCAAGAGCCCGAACCCCGGGCCCGCAGUCCCAGUGCCUCCGCCGCCGCCGCCAUGGCCCGCCCGCAGCUCUUCCGCGCGCUGGUGUCGGCGCAGUGGGUGGCCGAGGCGCUGCGCUCCCCGCGCGCCGGGCAGGGGCCGCCGCUGCAGCUGCUGGACGCCUCCUGGUACCUCCCCAAGCUGGGCCGCGACGCGCGCCGCGAGUUCGAGGAGCGGCACAUCCCCGGGGCCGCCUUCUUCGACAUCGACCAGUGCAGCGACCAAACGUCGCCCUACGACCACAUGCUGCCCGGCGCCGCGCACUUCGCCGAGUACGCGGGCCAGCUGGGCGUGGGCGCGGGCACCCACGUGGUGGUGUACGACGCCAGCGACCAGGGCCUGUACUCCGCGCCCCGCGUCUGGUGGAUGUUCCGCGCCUUCGGCCACGCCGCCGUGUCGCUGCUGGACGGCGGCCUCCGCAACUGGCUGCGCCAGGGCCUGCCGCUGAGCUCGGGCAAGAGCCGGCCCGAGCCCGCCGAGUUCCGCGCCAAGCUGGACCCCGCCUUCGUCAAGACCUACGAGGACAUCAAGGAGAACCUGGAGUCCCGGCGCUUCCAGGUGGUGGACGCCCGCGCCGCCGGCCGCUUCCAGGGCACGGAGCCCGAGCCCCGAGAUGGCAUCGAGCCUGGCCACAUCCCCGGCACCGUGAACAUCCCCUUCACGGACUUCAUGACCAAGGAGGGCCUGGAGAAGACGCCCGAGGAGAUCCGCCGCAUGUUCCAGGACAAGAAGGUGGACCUGUCCCGGCCGCUGGUGGCCACGUGCGGCUCCGGCGUCACAGCCUGCCACGUGGCGCUGGGGGCCUACCUCUGCGGCAAGCCGGACGUGGCCAUCUACGACGGCUCCUGGGUGGAGUGGUACAUGCGGGCCCAGCCCGAGGAGGUCAUCUCCGAGGGCCGGGGGAAGACCCGCUGA